AUGACAGAGGUUCUCACAGCGACUCCAAACAUCACAUAUUUUGAGUAUCGCGGGGAACAAUUGGAUACCGUAACUUCCAGGAAACCCCUCCUGAAACCGCAAAUGGUGUGCAAUCUCCUCAGGAACGAGAACAAUCUUGCAGCUAGCCAGCCCAGUAACACAACCAAGCUGGACCUCCCGAAUCUCCAUCGCCAGCUACGCACUCUCAAAAUUGAUUUCCACAGCACUCAACUUUUCUUUGACUGGGACGAGAGCGAAACAAUCACUUCUUUGCAGGACUUUUCCAAGCUUCGAAACCUGGGCAUCGAUACGCACAGCUUUACCUCUCGAACCGAUAACCAGAACCAUCUCAUUAUGAACAACAUCGGCAGCAUGAUUCCGCAAUGCCUUGAGACUUUGGAGAUUAGUCGCGUCGGCGAGUUCCUUCUUGAGGAACUUGUCCAGGUUGGUCUGAGAGAAAUUGCCGAUUCGGUUAAGCAUGGACAUUUUCGACAGCUGAGACGGAUCAACCUUACAGAUUGCGUAGUUCAUGACCAUCGGCCGACACAACAGAAGGCUCUUCACGACUUACGGGAGAUGUUCGAUAUUCCCGGCGCGCCUUCCGCAUAUCUUAACGGCAAAGCCCUGUGA